AUGUUAGAUUCAAGUAGUCAAAUCGUGAACUUGCAACAUUCGUCCGUGCCUGCUUUUCAUUUAAAGCUACUCCCAAAUUCUGGAUCCGGAGUAAAACUUUACGGCCUAAAAGCACGCUGCCGCACGGUUGCAUUCCUCGAUGCGUCAGGUAAAUUACCACCUGGAAUUACCGGCGGAGAUUUGACAUGGGUCGGAAGUUACGAGCUGUGCAAUUCCAUUCACGUCGAGCAAAAUGGAUCUGUUGUCAAUGGACGCUACUGCAACAUCAGGAUCCCGGUGUCCAUUCGCGAUCCAGAUAUUGUGAUACCAAUUGGAAUCAGCUUUGGUAUCUGCCUGCCGUCGGGUUGUGACACACCAGAGCUGCUGAAAAUUGCAAGUACAGCGUUGCAACUAGCAGGCGUCAAACUAGAUGUGGACUACUCAUUCUGUCAUUCGCACAAAGAAGAACAGAAGACAGAUGGAUACUUUAAGCUGGCCAUUCUCAUCACUGUCAUUGUUACUGGACUGGUUAUGGCUGGAUCAGUUUUGGAAAUCGCUUUAUACUGGAAAUGGAAUUCUGCACCCUCGUACCAAUUGCUUGAGGACAGGGAGAAUUCAGAGCUUGAAAGAGGUUUGGUGACCGAUGAGGGAUCUGAAAUACGAAGUACUUCAUGCAGUGAGCUAUCUCGAGAUCGCAAUGAUCAGCAGAUCGGGUAUAAAAGUUCCUAUGAAAUUUAUAGGGAAAGUUUCGCAUUGAAAUACUACUUUUAUGGAGGUAGUCUGGUCGCAUUCUCUCUUCCUUGGAAUCUACGGAAAUUGUGGUGUGCAACAGGUCCCACACACGUGGACCAAAACGGACAAGUGAAGCAACACCCGUUGUCAGCAUUGAAUGGAAUUCGUGCCAUUACGUUGACGUGGAUCGUAGGUCUGCUCUCAUGUUACGUACUUAUGCCGGAAUAUAAGAAAGCCAAGACAACGUGCAGAAAGUUAUUCUUCUGGCUGGAUUAUAGCCUCCAUCGUUUCAUCAGGAUUGCUCCCAGUUGGUUCUUUGUUACCAUACUGUUUAUUGGCUUAUUUCCAUAUCUAACCGAUGGGCCACUGUAUCCGCAACACCCCAGAGCAAAUACUGAGCUUGUGGUUUGCAGAGAUCAUUGGUGGAUCACGUUUCUAAACAACUGGUUGAAAAUGGAUAAACCGUGCAUGUUGUGGACUUGGUAUCUGUCCAACGAUUACCAAUUUAGUGUGAUCCUGACCCCAAUCUUCAUCAUCCUCUUGGCAGUGCACUGGAUGCUGGGCAUUCUGUUUGCAGUUGGCCUAGUCAUCAGUGCGGCCAUUGCCUCGUUUGUCCUCACAUACAAAUAUGAAUACGGACCAUCGCCAGUUCCACCGGUGGCUUUCAGCCAUUUAUAUGGUGUGCCGUACACAAGAUGGGGAAGCUACGCUUUGGGGAUGAUCACAGCCUGGCUGAUGCUUGAGAGACCAAUCAAUGUGAAGAACUGGUCCAUCUUGAAACGUUGCUUGGUUUCUCUGUCCGCAAGUCUGAUUGCUGCUGUGUUCAACUUGAGCACUCUAUUCGGAUUGGUCAAUUACUUCGCUGGGGAUCCACCGUCAAUGCGCAACUCUGCAGCCGCAUUAUAUGCUGCUCUCUCGAGGCCUGUGUGGACACUUGGAAUCAGCAUUGCCAUAUACCAGUGUGCCUUUCAGUUAACUCCUGUUGUCAACGCGAUAUUGUGCUUCCGCGGUUUCGUUAUUCCAGCCAAACUGACCUAUUGUGCAUACCUCAUUCACCCAGUGGUCAUUAUGUACUUCCAGCUGUCGUCCAAACGAACACAAAGUUACGAUUAUUCGUACCUCUUUUCCAGUUUUGCUGCCACUUGGACAAUCUCGUAUCUAAUGGCCAUCGCUAUUUCUAUGUGCACCGAAGUUCCAAUGCUGCAACUGGACACUUUACUGAGGCGCAAGAUAAAGGCAUCCAGGGUGGGGACAACUCAAACAUGAGUGAGGCCUGUAGCCUCGCAAGAUUGUGUGCAUCAAAACCGCUGUUUGACUUACAACUUGCACUUUUAUGCUUGCAUCAAUGAGCAAGAUGUUUUUGAUAAUUGUGAUCAAGUUAUUUUGCUACAUACUUCUUAUCAAUCGUACCUGGACAUAGCUCACUUGCACACAACACAAUCUCCCAACAAAAUAUUGUUGAUUUUAGAAACAUACCGCGCAUUUUGAAAUAAAACAUGGCGUACCAUCCAG